UGUGGCAGGGACGGGAGCCGAGUGGGACUCUUGUGACUAGAGACUGGGGAGUGGGAGUCGCAGGGUUCGGGGAGAUGAUCCCUCCGCAGGAGGCGUCCGCCCGGAGGCGGGAGAUCGAGGACAAAUUGAAGCAGGAAGAGGAGACGCUGUCCUUUAUCAGAGACAGCCUGGAGAAGAGCGACCAGCUCACCAAGAACAUGGUAUCGAUCCUGUCAUCCUUCGAGAGCCGCCUCAUGAAGCUGGAGAACUCGAUCAUCCCUGUACACAAGCAGACGGAGAAUCUGCAGCGGCUGCAGGAGAAUGUAGAAAAGACCCUGUCUUGCCUAGACCACGUCAUCAGUUACUACCACGUGGCCAGUGAUACCGAGAGGAUCAUCAGGGAAGGCCCCACAGGCAGGCUGGAGGAGUACCUGGGAAGCAUGGCCAAGAUUCAGAAGGCUGUGGAGUAUUUCCAGGACAAUAGCCCAGACAGCCCAGAGCUCAACAAAGUGGUAAGGGGCCAGCAGAGUAAAGUGAGAAAGUUAGGACCUCAGACCCUGCCCUGGCGUCAUGAGGAGCACAGGACCAGGUUAAAGGAAUAUGUAGUAGAAUGGGGAAGAGAGACAGCAUGGGAGAAGGCAGAGGCAGGGACCCGGCUGCCACUCUCUGUUGCUCUCUCCUCAGAUUUCAUGAACGUCUACUACCAGAUUCGCUCCAGCCAGCUGGACCGCUCCAUCAAGGGCCUGAAGGAACACUUCCGGAAGAGUAGUUCUUCCUCUGGGGUUCCCUACUCCCCUGCUAUCCCCAACAAGAGGAAGGACACACCCACCAAGAAGCCGGCCAAGCGGCCAGGGACGAUCCGUAAGGCUCAGAACCUUCUGAAACAGUAUUCCCAGCAUGGUCUAGAUGGGAAAAAGGGGGGCUCUAACCUCAUUCCUCUGGAAGGUCACGAGCAUGAUUUCCGCGUUAAGCACCUGUCCGAGGCCCUGAACGACAAGCACGGGCCACUGGCCGGGAGAGACGACAUGCUGGACGUGGAGACCGACGCCUACAUCCACUGCGUCAGCGCCUUCGUCCGGCUGGCCCAGAGCGAGUAUCAGCUGCUGACUGACAUUAUCCCCGAGCACCACCAGAAGAAGACCUUCGACUCCCUGAUCCAGGACGCGCUGGACGGGCUGAUGCUCGAGGGGGAGAACAUCGUGUCCGCUGCCCGGAAGGCCAUCGUCCGGCACGACUACUCCGCAGUGCUCACCGUCUUCCCCAUCCUGCGGCACCUCAAGCAGACCAAGCCUGAGUUUGACCAGGUGCUCCAGGGCACGGCUGCCAGCACCAAGAACAAGCUGCCCGGCCUCAUCACCUCCAUGGAGACCACUGGUGCCAAAGCCCUGGAGGACUUUGCGGACAACAUCAAGAACGACCCGGACAAGGAGUACAACAUGCCCAAGGAUGGCACCGUGCAUGAGCUCACAAGCAACGCGAUUCUUUUCCUGCAGCAGCUUCUGGACUUCCAGGAGACAGCAGGCGCCAUGCUGGCCUCCCAAGAGACCAGUUCUUCAGCCACCAGCUACAGCUCUGAGUUCAGCAAGCGGCUGCUGAGUACCUACAUCUGUAAAGUCCUGGGCAACCUGCAGUUGAACUUGCUGAGCAAGUCCAAGGUAUAUGAGGACCCAGCUCUGAGCGCCAUCUUCCUGCACAACAAUUACAACUACAUCCUCAAGUCCCUGGAGAAGUCUGAGCUCAUCCAGCUGGUGGCCGUGACCCAGAAGACCGCAGAGCGGUCCUAUCGGGAGCACAUAGAGCAGCAGAUCCAGACCUACCAGCGAAGUUGGUUGAAGGUGACUGACUACAUCGCUGAGAAGAAUCUCCCUGUUUUUCAGCCCGGAGUCAAGCUCCGGGACAAGGAGCGGCAGGUGAUCAAGGAGCGUUUUAAGGGCUUCAACGACGGCCUUGAGGAACUGUGCAAGAUCCAGAAGGCCUGGGCGAUUCCAGACACAGAGCAGAGGGACAGGAUUCGCCAGGCUCAGAAAAACAUCGUCAAGGAGACCUACGGGGCCUUUCUGCACAGGUACAGCAGCGUGCCCUUCACCAAGAACCCCGAGAAGUAUAUCAAGUACCGCGUGGAGCAAGUGGGCGACAUGAUCGAUCGCCUUUUUGACACCUCCGCCUGAGCCCGCUGCCGUCCCCACCUGGUGCACCGCUAACCGUGUUACUGGACAGAUAAACCACUGUUACCUGUCUUGGCCGGGCGAGUGUGAAGUCCUUUGGAAGAGGGACCUUUCUUCACUGCCCCAGCUGGGAGCCCCACCCAUCGGCCCUCAAGUGCUGGUUUCCGCUGCUUCCCUGCAGCCCACGCUCCCACCACUCUCCCCAGAUGCUGGGCACCCUUGACACCUUGGGGUUUGGGACCCUGACUGCAGCCUGCGGAGCCACGUGAUGGCUUCUGAGACAGGAAAGGAGAGAGAGGGAAGACAGAGCCCUUGGGCCCACAGCUGCCACCUGUGUACCAAGAGUGGAGGGCGGAACAGCCCCACCCCCGUCCAGUCAGAGCUGGACGCCCCCUUCUGUCCGGAAACCUGGGCGGGGCUCAGAGGAGCAGGCCACUUCGCAGCCAGAGGGACAGGAGAAGAG